UUUCCUUUGCAGUUUAAAAAAAUAAAAAUAAAAUUAAUUCAAUAAUUAAAUAAUCCGCUGCAUCGUACCCUCGUUUCGCAUACGACGUAAUGGCGGAUGCUAAGUGCGCGACAGGCAAAUGUGAAGAUAAAACCAUCACCUACGAAGCGGUCAAAGUCAUCGCACAAUAUCUGUCACGCAUAAAAAUCAAACCGGUUAUCGGCAUUAUAUGUGGCUCGGGUCUGGGCUCACUAACCGAAGCCAUUACGAAUGCGCAAAAUAUCGACUACAAGGACAUACCCGGUUUUCCGGUCUCAACGGUUCCCGGACAUGCAGGACGCCUCGUCAUCGGCACGCGAGGUCUACCAGUGUUGGCAAUGCAGGGACGCUUUCACUACUACGAAGGCUAUCCAUUGGUGAAGUGUUCGUUGCCCGUGCGUGUCAUGAAAGAUGGUAUUGAGUACUUGAUGGUGACCAAUGCUGCGGGCGGCAUAAAUCCCACCUAUAAGGUGGGUGAUAUUAUGCUCAUACGUGCAAUAAACUUCGUCGGCUUCUCUGGCAAUUCGCCAUUACGUGGACCGAACGAUGAACGGCUGGGACCGCGUUUUCCACCCAUGACCGAUGCCUACAAUCCCGAAUUGAUUAAGCGCGCUCUCGGUAUAGCCAAAGAGAUGGGUAUACCGGACGUGGUUUAGGUGGGCACAUGCUUUCUAGGUGGUCCUAAUUAUGAAACCAUUGCUGAGUGUAGAUGUUGCACACUUGUGGCUGAUGAUGCUGUCGGCAUGUCGACCGCACACGAGGGUCUGGCCCAGCACUGUGGUCUGAAAGUGUGCUUCAGUCUUAUCACCAACAAGUCAUCACUGGACUACGAAAAGAAAGAGUAUGCCAAUCACGCUGAGGUCGUGGCGGUGGGUAAAAGUCGGGACACUUGCCGUGAGCUAAUGUGUCGCAUGAUCAAAUCUAUAGCAGCGGAGCGUGGUGGCAGCACAGCAGACUGUGGCUGCACAACAUGAGAAACGAGGGUUGCUGAGAUGCAAGCAGGAUUAGUGAAAACACAACCUAUUUUUUUUAUACUUUAUUUAAUUUACAGAAAAAGUCGAAAUCAUGCAAAA